CGCUUUUCCCUCUUUCGUGAAUCUCGCUCUGUUCAUUCCGGUUGCUCAAAGCCCACAAGGCUUAAGGCUUGGAGGAGAUAUGAGCUUAACGUGUUAUCAGACCUAUCACAACAAGAAUGCCGGGGUUGCCUUUGCUGGUUCGUGAAGCCUCGAGUGCUGGAUGUAGCUGCAGGCACUCUAGAAGUUUGGAACAAAUGUGUCGCCAAGAUUCUCGGGUUCAUUUAUCUGUAGAGGAGGCUGCAGCAGCUGAAGAAAGUCUCUCCAUUUACUGUAAACCUGUGGAACUAUAUAAUAUUCUUCAACGUCGGGCAUUGCGUCAUCCAUCAUUUCUCCAACGAUGCUUGCAUUACAAAAUACAAGCAAAACGGCAAAAACGAAUAAAAAUUACCUGCACCCUUACGGGGCUUUUGACAGAUGGAGGACAAUCACCGAAUGUAUUUCCUCUUUAUGUGUUGUUGGCUACGCCUAUAUCCAAUAUUGUUGAUACAGGGUAUUCGGCAGUUUAUCGGUUCAAUCGGGCAUGUAUACUGACUGCAUUUAGUGAAUCUGGAAGGAGAGAUGUGGCUUCUGCUAAUUUCCUUCUACCGGAGAUUGGAAAGCUUGCAGCUGAUGCCAAAGCUGGCAAUCUUAGUAUCAUAUUUGUUACUUGUGCAGGAGAUAUUAAUCAUUCUGCUGAUGGUGUUCAUAUGGGAGUUGAUCGAGAUAUGGCUUCUGUUUCAUCUAUUCUCGGUGGACACUGUCUUUGGGGAAAACUACCUAUGGAUUCUCUUAGUUCUUCAUGGGAGAAGUCCCCAAGCUUGAGGUUGGGGCAUAGAUCUGAGAUGCAAUCAUCAAUUGAGAUGCACUCUAGUUUCUUGGAGCGUGGUGGUUUUGAUGGGGAAAAUUGUAUAAGGUUUCAGAUUCAUAAUUUAAGCACUGUGCAAAUGCGAGUGCAAGUGAAUGUUUCAGUACAAGAGGUUGGAGCAAAGGAGAGAUCUCCUUAUGAUUCAUACACAUAUGAUGAUAUUCCUAUUUCAUCCUUAUCUCAUAUCAUUCGGUUACGGGCUGGAAAUGUCAUAUUCAAUUAUCGGUAUUAUAACAAUACACUGCAGAAGACUGAAGUUACAGAAGACUUCUCAUGCCCAUUUUGCUUGGUGCGAUGUGCGAGCUUUAAGGGUUUGCGCUAUCAUUUGAGCUCAUCCCAUGACUUAUUCAAUUUUGAAUUUUGGGUCACUGAGGAGUAUCAGGCAGUAAAUGUUUCUGUCAGAAGUGACAGUUGUAGAUCUGAGGCAGUUACAGAUGGUGUUGACCCGAAGCUCCAAACAUUCUACUUCUGCUCUAAGCAAAGGCGCCAUAGAAAAUACAAGUACAUUGAUGACAAUGUGAAACACGUUGAAGCGGUGAAGUCAGACUCCCCUGAAAUAGCCCGUCCAGAUUGCUUGGAAAAGGAUGCAUCCACAAGUUCUUGCCAAAUGGCCAUUGAAACUCCAGCAAAUCAGUCCUCUCUAGAAAGAUCCAGCAAGAACUCUAAGAAAGGAGGAAAGAGGCCUCUUAAAGAACCUAGUAAAGAGAAGAAUUUGGACCAUUGCGGACAUAAUUCCCAAAGCGCUGGAGUGGAGAAUGGCUUCACUGGAGAGUGUGGAGAACCAGUUAUGUCAAGCUCCGAUGUAAUGGGCGUUUGUGCUGCUAAAGCUCAGGCUUCUCUUGGCAGUGAGUGUGCUCUUCCUGGGAAUGGAAGCAACCUUGCUCCUCAAUGUGCAAAAGUGAGGAAGCUCUCAGCUGAAAGAAUGGACCCUAAAAACCGUGCACUCCUCCAAAAGCGCCAGUUCUUUCAUUCGCAUAGAGCACAGCCAAUGGCAUUGGAGCAAGUAUUUUCUGAUCGGGAUAGUGAGGAUGAAGUUGACGAUGACAUUGCUGAUUUCGAAGACCGUAGGAUGCUUGAUGACUUUGUGGAUGUAACCAAGGAUGAGAAGCAGAUCAUGCAUCUGUGGAAUUCAUUUGUGAGGAAGCAAAGGGUGUUAGCAGACGGUCACAUUCCAUGGGCAUGUGAAGCAUUUUCAAAGCUACAUGGUUGCGACCUUGUACGUGCACCAGCAUUGAUUUGGUGUUGGAGGUUAUUUAUGAUGAAGCUAUGGAACCAUUGUCUCCUUGAUGCUCGUACCAUGAACAAUUGUAACAUAAUUCUUGACAAUUUUAAGAAAAUGGAGUUAGAUCCGCAACAAAAUGAAGCUCGGCAUCCAUGAUUGUACGGGAAAUUGAGGCACUCCCGAUUCGUUGAGACUUGCAUUCGAGUUGCGGCGGUUGAUAUCCCUGCAUAUAUUUCAUAUGCGUCUCCUGCCUCACUGUGAUAUUAAUUCUUUUUGCUGAAAGCAUGGAGCACAGAAAAGAGAAUAGGGAAGAAAAAGAUAUGAAAAGAGAUCUCAUGUUUCAUUCAUUUAAGGAGCUUUUUGAGAAUACAUUAUGUAAAACUAAUCUAUUUGUAGAAUUUUGAGGAUAUCAAGAAAUGGGGUUUUCUUUUUCUGAGUAUU